AGGAGGAGUUUAUAGUACAUGUGAGAAGAUGUAGAUGAUCUUACUGAACAGAUGAAAGUUAUGAUGAAUGUUACAUCUACAAUGCAUGGAGAGCCAUGCGAGCCUGUCCUGCAGCAGCUGUGGCAGUCCGUGAAAGCUGGACAGGAGGAGAUCCUUUUAUCUCCAUACCUGCUUGCGUCCUGGGGCUUUCUGACGCACGUCCUCCUCUGCGCACCUUUCCUGGUGCUGGACGCUCUCGGCAGCGUAUGUGAAAGGGUUCAAGGGUGGAGGAUAGCUGCAGGUUCGGGGCCACCGCCGCCUCUCCGCCGAUGGUACGACUGUUUUUGGAGGCUUCUGUUCAAAUACCUGACCACCAUCCUCCCCGCAACCGCCGUGGUUCAGAUGCUGCGGAGCCCCAGGUUGCCUUACCUGGCGCCGUCUUGUUGGCAGCUGUUUGUGGAAGUUUUCGCAUGUUUCCUGCUCUUUGACACGCUCUUCUACAUAUGGCACCUAAUGAUGCACAGGGUUCCCUGGCUGUACCGAAACAUCCACCAGCUGCACCAUCAGCACCAGAUCCCCUUCGCCCUGGCAGCCCAAGAUGCCAGCUCCCCCGAGCUGCUUUCCCAGCUGGUGCUGGCUCUGGGCUGUGCUUGGGUGGUGGGCUGCCACCCCCUGAGUGAAGCCGUCUUCCACCUUCUCAACACCUGGCUGGCGGUGGAGGACCACUGCGGCUAUGAUCUUCCCUGGGGUCUGCACAGACUGCUGCCCUGCCUUGGAGGAGCCCCCUACCACCAAGCCCACCAUAGCCUGUACAGUUGGAACUACGCACCCUACUUCACCCACUGGGACCGCCUCUUUGGCACAUACUAUGCAACAGUGAUGGAUUCACGUACAGAGUGA